GCGGUGAACAGGGAAGCAUCAAGCCUGAAAGAACUAGUGGCAAAACAGAGCAGCUUCUCAGUCUACAAGCAUCACUUCUGGAUACAGGGUCUAUUGUAAGGAACACUCGUCUCAAUGCCAGGAGGAAGACCAUUAUGAUAACUUGGCCUGAGGAAUCCUUCUCCUUAGCUGAGUCAAGCAUCUUAUGCAUGGACCUAGCUGUGAAGGCUUUUUACAUGUAAGAAGAACAUUUAACCAAGUUUAUUGGUCAUUUAUAGAUUUGCAAGAAGAAGCAAGAUUACAAUCCAUGUCAGUGCCCUUGCACUUUGCACAUUUUGAUUGUUGAAGUGUGAAAAAGCGAAGUGUGAUCACAUUGAAAGAACACAUUGCCAGGAGAACCUUUCUGAAUAUUUUGGAGAAUCUAAGAGUAUAUUACAGCUGAACAUGUCUGACCAAGAGAUUGAUGACUUUGAUGUAGACACCAUGUCAGACACCUCAAGAAUGAUCCCGGGGCUCCCCCCUUAUAAUAUGGAAGACCAGCUCUUGCCCAUGGAGUCUCGGAGCAGGUGGGGGUGCUGGAUUUGGACUUUGUUUGUUUCUGGAGCUAACUUUUUGGCUUUGCUUGUUAACAUAAUCAUCCUGGCUGUCAUAUUCACCAUCGUUUUGACUCCAACCAUCGUAGUGGUUUAUUUCGGAUUUAAAUGCCAUUCAAGGGUCCUUCAUUCUGAUGCCUCCUACUGCAAGACCCUUCUAGAUGACAACAGCUCCUCUGCCCUCAUCAUUCUGGGUUUUGUGAUGAUGUCUCCACUCAUUGUGCUGGCCAUGGCUGUGUACUGUGGCCUUGCCCGACGCCUUCGUCUCUUCAUGCUAUUUCAGCCUUAUACCAGAGCACUAUACAAGGGCGUUCGAUGGAGGUGGUAUGAAGAGGGUGGUCUAUGCAGCUGUGUGAGGGAAUGGAAUAAUCAUGUGAAGGCUUGGGUAUAAAGGCUUAUAAGACUGGUGCAACUCAUUUUUAAUUACUAUCUACAAUAAUGGUCCAUGGUAGGUGGCAAUGCUGAGACUAAGGACACAACAAGAUCAAGUGAACUUUUGGUCUAAUGGAAUCUGAUUCAGUAUAUUGAAACUAACACUGUAGUUUGCUGGACAGCCAGCCUCAUGCCCAUUGUAGCCUAAAGUUGUGGUAAUCUCAUUUUGAUGUAUAAUAUAUAACAUAGCAUAUACUUAUUUAUUUCUAUUUCCAGUAAGUUAAAUAAUUUUACAUAUAUAUAAUAAUUAUACUUAAUUAUUAUAUAAUAAUUGUAUAUUUACACUCACUUGCAGUGGGGGCCCCAUAUUCUCAUUAUGCCCAAAAGGCUCAACGGGGGUUGUCAAAGAUUGCAACUUAUCACCUAUCCAGAGGAUAGGUGAUAAGUGUCUGAAUGGGGGCAGGGGGGUCGGACCAUGGGGACCCUCACCUAUCAUAAUAUAAAGCCUAUUGGUGUUCCAGAACAGGAUAACAAAGGACUUUUUGCCUUGCCAUUCUUGCCAUGGCUGACCAUGUAGUAGAUGAGGUCCACUAAGGGGGAAGCUGUUGACUCUUUGGUCUGUUGCAUAGCGGAAGUUCCCAAGCAGUAGAUCCCCAUCUAUGACAUCCAUAUGUUCAAACUGGGCAAAUAGAUAGGGAUUGCCUUGAUGAUAUUCAAUUGUCUAUGAUGUACCAUAAAAACUUUAAUUCUUAAGUCUUAUAGGAGGACAUUUAUCAAACUUGUUACAUCUGGUUUUUGGUGUAAAAAUGUUGCACAACAUGCUGUUCUGUUCUUUUUCUGUGACAUUUCUGCACUAUUUAGGAGCCACGCCACUUUUCAAAGUGGUCUAUGUUUAAGGCUAAAAAGUGAGAUUAGAUCUGGAUUAUGGCACAUCUAUUCUGCGGCACUUGGAAAUAGGGGCGGAUUGGGAACUUAAAGUGGCCCUGGAAAUAAUACUAAAAGUAGCCCUGUUUUUAGCCGGGUCCAAAUUGAUGGAAAGCAGGGCCAGCAAUACUAUAUUGUGGCACAUUAUACCACCCUAACAGAGCCAAUUAACACAGUCCAUUACAAAAUACUGCCAGCAUCACAAAAAUACAUCCCCAAAAACUUCAACUGGCCGGUCAUAAGGAGGGCCAAGGCAGCCCCCUGGGCAUCGGCCCACCGGGAGUUUUCCCUGUAAGGUCUAUGGCCAAUCUGCUCCUGCUUGGAAAUCUCACCAAAAAGAUCACAUCUUACGCCAGGCAGCCUCCUGGUGUAUUUAAGACUAAGUCAUAAAACACAAUGCAGUUGCACCAAAUAUGUAAAAACUGUGCACCAUUUCAUACAUUUGGUGCAACUACACAAUGCAAAACCAGAUGUAAAAGUGACAUGAAAACAAUCUCAAAUGAUGAAUGUCCCCAGUAAUUUUUAUUUUGUAGUUAUUAUGUAAGUAGUGAUUGUACAGUCAUUUCCAGUGGUAGAUUCUGCACUGUAUAGAACAAAUCUCUACUUUUUCACUGUGUAAUUAAUAUAAGGUAUGUGAUGCCAUAGCUUGAAGUAAAAGCACACAGAAGUAGCACAAAUUUGCAAUGUAAUAUUUUAUUAAAGUGAAAUUAGCAUUGAGUAUGCUGUAUACUCGUCAUUAUGUGUCUGUAUUAUUUAUGACUGCAAAUGAUUGGUUGAUCAAAGAGCCAAAUGUAUUGUAAAUUAUAGAAAGGAAAA